GCAAAUCGGAAUAAUACGCUGCAGCUCAUGAAAAAAUUGACUGCAGCGGAGUUUUACAGUGCAAUAAAGUUGGUUUUUAUAAAAAUAAUGGUGAUUUCUGGGUGAAAAUAACUACUAACAUAUUCCAUAUAUUGAAAUAUGAAAUUGUGUUAAAUGUAUAGAAAAUACGUCUUUAUUAAACCGUUAUCUAAGUAGAAUGCAGGCAUCGUGAUGAUAUCACUCUUGCAUGUCAAUGAACUUUUCAAAACAAAGAAUCGAUGUUUGGUAUCAUUUUUGUUGUAUGAACACGUUAGAUGAAAUCCAUAUGCCGUCACAAUGCCUCGUAUUGUUAAACUCAGUUGGCUUGAAAAAAUAAAAAUAAAGGUAUCACAGCAAAUAGAGCGAGUUAAUUGAAAGGAUUACAAGGACAAUAAAAGAGACUUCUCCGUUCCAAACCAGCAAUUGUCGAAAUAGUUCAAAUAACCAAUAUCCUCAACAUAGUUGGCUCUGUAAGGAUCCAUCAACAAUUGUCGGCGCCAAGCAAAUAGUCGACAGACGAUAGAGACAAUUGAAAGCCAACAAGAAAACUCACAAAAAAAAAAAAAAAGGCAAGCGGCUGCCAUAACAACAAUAGUAAAAAGGCAGGAGUAAACGUUCGAAAAACAAACAAAGGCAGCAACAAACCAGACAGAGAAUGAACCCUGAUAGCAGUGAAUUGGAGACGUCUAACAAUGGACGCGUCAUAUACCACAUGCCUCAAAGUGCGGCUACAAUGGGGGCGACAGCUAUGGCCCGCAUAUCUGGUUCUGUUGUGGCUGCCAACAAUCCAAGCACCACCUCAUCAAGCACAAUGCACUCUGUUGUCGGCAGUGUAGGUGGCACUGGUAGUGUCGGUACAGCAACAGAUGUUGGCAGUGAUUACAAUUUGAAUUUGAAUAGCGAAAUGAAUACACCACCCGCCACAUCUGCUGGCAAAUUCAAUGAAAAACCACAGGAGCGCUAUGUAUGGGAAAUGCGCACGCGUAGUCCCAACGUUACACCCGCCAGCACUGUGCUCAAUUCACCUGAUUUAAAUACAGAUGUGCAAUAUGCGCUGCACCAUCAUCAACAUCGUCAGCAUCAUCAAAUCAGGGUCGGACGAAGUCCCGGAAGUCAAUUCGAACAGCAAAACGUGAUGCCACAGGGCCUAGCAAGUCCAGGCGGCUCCCCCACAGAUGUUGGUAAGGUCGGUGUACAGUGCUUGCGCGAUGGAGAAAUAGUCGUUUUUGAUGAUAUUGACACUAAUUGGAUGAAUAAGACAAACGCGGCCAGCAUGCCCAACGCUGCGAAUAGCGGAAUCCCAUACAUCAAAAACACAAACGACAGUUAUGCGUCAGCACAUCAUCAACAUAACAACGAAGACAUUUUGAAAGUCACUAAAAUGAUUGGCCAGCUACCAAUAGCUGAGUACGAAGGCUCGCCACGUCGUUUUGGCAAUCAACCACAAGGUAAUAUGAAGCAAGCAGGCACUAGCGCUUACCCCAAGCGGCCACCAGGCUUUCCGCAGCGUGUAUCCCCCAUUGCAGGCGCACAGCUUCAGCAACAACAAUACUCAACAAUGCAACAACAACUAAUGCAACAAGAGCUUAAUGCCCGCUCGUCACAGUAUGCACAACUGAGCUUACAGCAGCAACUACAACAGUAUUAUACCGCUACACCAUCGUCCGCAUUAGCAACCACAGCUGCUAUAGGCACAAAUAACUAUCGCGAUAAUAAGUCAAUGGGCAAUUUAAUUGAUAUCGAUGAUGGGGGCGUACCUGUCGCCACCGUUGACGGGGCACAAGUUAAAACUCCGGCUUUUGAUUACUUGUACGAGUGUUCUGAAACGCGCAAAGUAUUGGAAGAGUUCUUCAAGGCGAAUUCAGAAGAUGAAAAACGUUAUACAGACUAUACUGAGAGCGGUGACGAUGUGGGCAGUUGUGAUACUCAUUUGGAGUAUGAACGAGAGCGUCAACGUGAGCGAGAGGAGGGGAAACAUAUGGAGCAAGCGUAUAUUGGACAACGUUUAGCUAGAAUACCCAAAGAUGAAUUGAAUAUGGUGCAUCGUUCGCCACGCAAACAACCCUGUGAGUCAGUUUAUAAUGAAAACAAUGACAUCGAGUUGUACAUAGACUCGAAUAGUCGCAGCAGUGGCGAUUUGGCCGACACCGAACUGGAAGCAAACCUCCGUCGACAUUCGCGCAAUUUCACCUUAUCCCCCGAGACUACUGAUUACGAUUCAAAUUGCGGUGAUCUGGAUAGUUUGUCGAAUGAUAUAAAUUGUCCCACUGACUAUGGCAAAUUAUAUACUAGUAUGCCAGUGUUGGAGGAUGGUCUUUCCAGUGGUCAUGCAUCAGAUACGGAUAAUAAUGUGAAUGCCGCGGUUGAGAGUGAAAAACAAAUACUUGAGAGCAACAGUACUGAUAAUGGACAACCUCAAGUUCCACCGACGGCCCAGACACAAUCGUUACAAUAUCAGCUACAGCAUCAGCAUACGCCUCCUACAAUUUUGCAAAAUAAUGAGUAUACCGCGAAUUUGUCACUCGAGUGCAAUGAUAGUUGCAUUUCAAAUAGCAUUGCCGCCGCUGUUGUGAUGGAUGACAAUUUAAUAAGCGAUUUAGUUGAGGUCCCUGACAAAAUAAAUCAACAGCAAAAGCAACAACUACAGCGACAUCAGCCAGAGCUUCAAGUGCGCAGUCAUGAACUAAUAGAGAACGACGUUGGGUGUUGCAAUAACAAUGGCGCUGCCUGUUUAAACACAUCGAAUGAGCUCAGCCAUAACGAUUCUAAUUACGAUGCCGUCUACGCACCGGCAAUGACAACAAAACAAUCUCCGCCACCCCCUCCAGCGUCUGCAGCAUAUCGGCAGUGUGUUCGUGCUAAACAGCAACGCGAGUCGGCAGACAUACAAGAAGCAAUGAAGGAGAUACGAUCGGCGCUGCAACGUGCCAAAACGCAGCCAGAGAAAUUAAAAUUUUGCGAUGAGGUCUUGCCGCCCGAUCCAGAAUCGCCAGUUUGGGUGCCACGUAAAACUUCGCCAACGAAUACUUCAUUGGCACCCAAUCGGAUGGGAAGUAAUCAUUUGAAUAAGUUGCAUGGUGGCGCUAACGAUGGCAGUGCGAACGUAGCGACCAUAGGUGAUGAGGAAGAACCGGAUACUGAUUUGGAAACCGAUCGAUUAUUGGGGCAACAGCGACUCGAUGAGCAAGGCUACUACGAUGAUAAGGCAAUUUGGCCGAAGACAUCACGUAUUGGCGGGGGCACCGAUUCGAAUGACCAAUCGCCCAGCACAUCGGACAUCACAAUGCUCACCACAAACUCUGUCAGUAUUAAACCGCAGGCAUUCUCCUCGGCCACCAUACGUCAAGGCAUUGGCACAGCGCUGACGCCCAGUUCGCCGGAGCAAUGCCAAAUUGUAGGCAACGCAGAUAUAACGCUCACCUCACCCGAAAAAUUGCAAUACACAAAAAGUCCAACGGGCUCUAUGAAGUCGCUGAAAGAUUCAGCGAACAGCGAUAAGAAAGCGAAGGCACGCAAUAAAGAGGGAUUAUUGGAUCCUGCAGUGCUAAUUGAGGGCGUCCUCUUUCGCGCACGCUACCUAGGCUCUACACAGCUGGUGUGCGAGGGGCAGCCUACGAAAUCGACGCGCAUGAUGCAGGCUGAAGAGGCUGUGUCGCGUAUAAAGGCUCCGGAAGGCGAAAGUCAACCCUCCACCGAAGUCGAUCUAUUCAUAUCAACCGAAAAGAUUAUGGUGCUCAACACUGACCUCAAGGAAAUUAUGAUGGAUCAUGCUUUGCGUACAAUCUCCUACAUUGCCGAUAUCGGCGAUUUGGUUGUGCUAAUGGCACGCCGUCGGUUUGUGCCAUCCGAUUCCUGUGGCUCGGACGCUGAUGUGGCUAAUGGCUGUGGUAAUGGCAAUAAGGAAGCUCAAGAAAAUGGUACUGUAGUUAGUAGUAAUGCUAUUGGUAGUGGUUGUGGCAGCGGUAACGGUAAUGGUAACGGCAACGGCAACGGUGGUACCGUCAAUGGCGUUAGCUGCAGUGUUGGCAAUGGCAGUAAUAAACAUAAUCGCACACCCAAAAUGAUCUGUCAUGUCUUCGAGAGCGAUGAAGCACAAUUUAUUGCGCAAUCAAUUGGACAAGCCUUUCAAGUGGCCUACAUGGAAUUUCUGAAAGCGAAUGGCAUUGAAGAUCAUAGCUUUGUAAAGGAAAUGGAUUAUCAAGAGGUGCUCAAUAGUCAGGAGAUAUUUGGUGAUGAAUUGGAAAUAUUCGCUAAAAAGGAAUUGCAAAAGGAGGUUGUUGUGCCGAAGGUGAAAGGUGAAAUACUCGGUGUGGUGAUUGUAGAAAGUGGCUGGGGUUCGAUGCUGCCCACCGUAGUGAUAGCGAAUCUAAUGUCGGCCGGUGCAGCGGCGCGUUGUGGUCAAUUGAAUAUCGGUGAUCAAUUGAUUGCCAUCAAUGGCAUGAGCUUGGUGGGAUUGCCGCUCUCGACGUGUCAGAGUUAUAUACGCAAUGCGAAAAACCAGACAGCGGUCAAAUUUACUGUAGUGCCAUGCCCGCCGGUAGUCGAGGUGAAAAUCAAGCGACCGAAUACCAAGUAUCAGUUGGGUUUUAGUGUGCAAAACGGUGUGAUUUGCAGUUUGCUGCGCGGCGGCAUAGCGGAACGUGGUGGUGUACGCGUUGGGCAUCGCAUUAUUGAAAUUAACAAUCAGAGUGUGGUGGCGGUGCCGCAUGAAAAAAUUGUUAAUCUGCUCGCUACAUCUGUGGGCGAGAUUUUAAUGAAGACUAUGCCAACGUCAAUGUUUCGCCUACUCACGGGACAAGAGAAUCCCAUAUACAUUUAAAUUAAGCUUAAUUGAUACGCUAUUACACAUACAUGCAUACAAACAUACAUACAUACUAUACUAGUAUUUAUCAAGAGAUUUUUCAAUUUAAUUUCGCUACUAAUGCGCUAAAAAAAAUUUAUAAUACUUUCUUACUCAAUAACUAACAAAUAUGUAAGUACUAUUUACACUCAAAUACGCUGUACUAUUAGCUAAGUAAGUGCAAAAAAGCCGCUGCAAAUGGAAGCUGAAGAAAAGAACAAAAAAUAAAAAUGCUUAAAAAGAACAAA